AUGGGCGCUGUCAAAUGCCCCAGGAUCACGGCACACACUGGAUACCACACGAAUGCGGCACCCACACCACAUACGUCGUUUGCACGCGACAGCGCCCAUGCCGUGGCAUGGGCACUGUCAAAUGCCCCAGGAUUACGGCGCGAAUGCGGCGCCCAUACCACGUAUAUUGUUUGCACGCAACAGCGCCCAUGCCGUUUCCCACCCCGUCGUCAUCACCCCCCCUCUUACUUGCAGCCCCAGGAUCACUUCGCGAAUGCGGCGCCCAUACCAUUGGUGUGGGAGGCCAUAUGGGGCUACCAGUCCACACAUUGGAUACCACAUGAAUGCGGCACCCACACCACGUACAUCAUUUGCACGCGACAGCGCCCAUGCCACGGCAUGGGCGCUGUCAAAUGCCCCAGGAUCACGGCACACACUGGAUACCACACGAAUGCGGCACCCACACCACAUACGUCGUUUGCACGCGACAGCGCCCAUGCCGUGGCAUGGGCACUGUCAAAUGCCCCAGGAUUACGGCGCGAAUGCGGCGCCCAUACCACGUAUAUUGUUUGCACGCAACAGCGCCCAUGCCGUUUCCCACCCCGUCGUCAUCACCCCCCCUCUUACUUGCAGCCCCAGGAUCACUUCGCGAAUGCGGCGCCCAUACCAUGUAUAUUGUUUGCACGCGAGAGCGCCCAUGCCGUUUCCCACCCCGUUGUCAUCACCCCCCCUCUCACUUACCUCGUUUGCAGCCCUAGGCCUGUCCCCGUUGUCUUUUUAAUGACACCUCGUAUUGAUAUGAGUACCCCAUAUGUAGAUUACAUAGGUACUACUGUACUUGAUAACUUUUGCAAUUUCGAAGUGUGGCCUUCACGAAAUUUGGUUGUGUGUGUAAGGUUGCCAUAUCUGGCCUUCUGGCAUCUUCUAAGGCAGAUUGCACCUUGUUCUAUCACCACCACCACUGCUCACUGUUUCACCAUGCCAACCACCAGAGCCACCACCAAAUCUACUUCAGCUGCCACCUCUACAGCCAGGAAGAGGCAGGGAUCUGCUGCUGAUCAGACUCCUAAGAAGAGAUUAAGAUCCAACUCAAACAAGAAGGCAUCCAAGGCUGAUCUGGAGGUAGAGAGGGGAGAGGGAAGGAAGGAUGGGGGAGAGGAGGAGGUAGAGGAGGAGGAGGAGGGAGAGGAGGGGGAUGGGCAGAAGGGGGGGGAGGGGGAGGAGGAAGAGGGAGAAGCUCUUGCUGAGCUAGAGGAUGAGGUGGUUGUCAAUAAACCCAGACAUGGAGGGAAGAGGGGGAAGGAUGUUAUUUUGAACAAGGGGUCCAACAAAGGCAAAAAGGCACGCAAGACAAGUGCACAGAAAAAUGCAGAGGUGGCAGCAGAAGAAGCCAACACCAUGAAGCUUCUUUCCAAACAAGGCAUUUCAGUUGCACCACCUGAACGGAAAGCCUCUACUUCUACUUCAUUAUCUGCUGCUUCUCUUGCUGUCCCUGCUGCUUCUGCUGCUGACUCUGCUGUUUCUGUUUCUGCUCCUGCUGUUUUUGUUCCUGCUCCUGCUGUUUCUGUUCCUGCUCCUGUUCUUGCUCCUGCUGUUCCUGCUCCUGCUCCUCCUGUUUCUGUUAUUUCUGCUGUUAUUUCCACUAUGAGUUCUGAUACCACUGCUAACUUAAAUAUGCCCACUCCCACCUCUACUGCUAUCAUGACCCAGAGACCUUCAACUCCUGCUAAUGAGCCUGAUGUCACCAUGGAAAGCCCUCCUCGUCCUGAGGGUUCUUCUAGAGCUACAGGUGGCAUCUUGCGGAAUCGGGCUAUGGGUCAAUAUUACAACCCUGUUGACGAUGAAGAACUACAUAUUUCUUCUAAUGUAGAAAAGGUCAAGGGUGUUGUGAAAAUCUAUGUAUCACCUUUGGACCCUGUUGAACUUGACUUCACUAAGAUGCAACCUAGCCUAAAGGAAAUCGUAUUCUUGUUUAUGAUGCUUUGGAUUAGUGUUUAA